UUCUCCUCACGCCCCGCGGCCGGCGCGCGGACGGGCCGCCGGGCCCCAGGCUGCCAUCAUGACGGCUGAAGAAACAGUGAAUGUUAAAGAAGCUGAAAUAAUUAAACUGAUACUAGAUUUUCUGAACUCAAGGAAGCUUCAUAUCAGUAUGCUGGCGCUUGAGAAAGAAAGCGGGGUCAUUAAUGGCCUGUUUUCAGAUGACAUGCUGUUCUUAAGGCAGUUGAUUCUUGAUGGUCAGUGGGAUGAGGUUCUUCAAUUUAUUCAGCCUCUCGAAUGUAUGGAAAAAUUCGACAAGAAAAGAUUUCGUUACAUAAUUAUGAAGCAGAAGUUCUUGGAGGCCUUAUGUGUAAACAAUGCAAUGUCAGCAGAAGACGAGCCUCAGCAUCUGGAAUUCACCAUGCGAGAGGCUGUGCAGUGCCUACAUGCGUUAGAAGAAUAUUGCCCCUCUAAGGAAGACUACAGCAAACUCUGCUUGCUGCUCACGUUGCCUCGUUUGACCAACCAUGCAGAAUUCAAAGACUGGAAUCCCAGCACGGCGCGGGUGCACUGCUUUGAAGAAGCUUGUGUCAUGGUGGCAGAGUUCAUUCCCGCUGAUAGGAAACUGAGCGAGGCUGGUUUCAAAGCAAGUAACAAUCGUUUAUUUCAGCUUGUAAUGAAGGGGUUGCUUUAUGAAUGUUGUGUGGAGUUCUGUCAGAGUAAAGCAACAGGAGAAGAAAUUACAGAAAGUGAAGUAUUGCUGGGCAUCGAUCUCUUAUGUGGUAAUGGGUGUGAUGAUUUGGACCUUAGCUUGUUAUCGUGGCUACAGAACCUGCCAGCUACUGUUUUUUCCUGUGCUUUUGAACAGAAGAUGCUUAAUAUUCAUGUUGAUAAACUCCUCAAGCCUACAAAAGCUGCAUAUGCUGAUCUUUUGACACCUCUUAUUAGCAAACUUUCUCCAUACCCAUCCUCCCCAAUGAGGCGGCCUCAGUCAGCCGAUGCUUACAUGACCCGCUCCUUAAACCCCGCCUUAGACGGGCUGUCCUGUGGGUUAACAAAUCAUGAGAAGCGUGUCACAGACCUCGGGACCAAAACUUCUCCCAUGUCGCACUCCUUUGCUAAUUUCCAUUACCCUGGAGUACAGAAUCUCAGCCGAAGUCUUAUGCUGGAGAACACCGAGUGUCACAGCAUUUUUGAGGAGUCACCUGAGCGUGAUACUCCUGUGGAGCCACAGCAUCCCAUUGGCAGCGAGGCAUUGUCCCAGAGUUUAGUUCUAGAGAAUGAGCCAGUCACUGGAGCACAGACUCAGGGAUCGGCCAAACAAGAGAAAAAUGAGCUUCGUGAUUCAACAGAGCAGUUUCAAGAAUACUACAGACAAAGGCUACGUUACCAGCAGCACUUAGAACAAAAAGAGCAACAGCGGCAGUUAUAUCAGCAGAUGUUGCUGGAAGGUGGUGUAAAUCAAGAAGAUGGACCUGACCAGCAACAGAAUCUUACUGAGCAGUUUCUUAACAGGUCUAUCCAGAAGCUAGGAGAAUUAAAUAUAGGUAUGGACAGUCUUGGAAAUGAUGUGCAAACACUUAGCCAGCAAUGCAAUGGGAGCAAAGGGAAUGCAUCUACCAGUCUAGCAAGUAACGUUACAUCAGGUGCUGCUCAGAGGAUGCCGACUGAUGGCCAAAGUGUUAGCACAAGCACUCCUCGAAAGCAUGGAUCAGCUAAUCAAAUACCCUUUCCUGAAGAGUCACCUGUGCAGGGGAAUCAAAUUGUGUCAGAACAUGCUGUCGCUCAGCCACAGUUGGAGGACUCUUCAGGGAAUCUAAAUAGGACAAGAGGUGAUGAGGAUGACAAAUCAAAAAAGCAGUUCAUUUGCAUUAAUACUCUAGAAGACACACAAGCUGUCAGAGCUGUUGCCUUUCAUCCCAGUGGAAGUUUAUAUGCUGUUGGCUCCAACUCCAAAACCUUGCGAGUGUGUGCCUACCCAGAGGUAAUUGACCCAAGUGCUUAUAAUACUCCUAAGCAACCAGUAGUUCGCUUCAAAAGGAAUAAGCAUCAUAAAGGAUCGAUCUACUGUGUGGCCUGGAGUCCCUGUGGACAGUUGCUGGCUACUGGUUCUAAUGAUAAAUAUGUGAAAGUACUGCCUUUUAAUGCUGAAACAUGCAAUGCAACAGGUCCAGAUUUGGAGUUCAGCAUGCAUGAUGGGACAAUCAGAGAUCUUGCUUUUAUGGAAGGACCAGAAAGUGGUGGUGCUAUCUUAAUAAGUGCUGGAGCAGGGGACUGUAAUAUAUAUACAACAGACUGUCAGAGGGGGCAAGGUCUGCAUGCUUUAAGUGGUCACACAGGUCAUAUUUUAGCACUUUAUACGUGGAGUGGCUGGAUGAUCGCAUCUGGAUCCCAAGACAAGACUGUAAGAUUCUGGGAUCUGAGAGUACCAAGUUGUGUUCGUGUUGUGGGAACAACGUUUCAUGGAACAGGAAGUGCUGUAGCCUCAGUAGCUGUUGAUCCUAGCGGUCGUCUCCUGGCUACAGGACAAGAGGACUCCAGCUGCAUGUUGUAUGAUAUUCGAGGAGGGCGAAUGGUCCAAAGCUAUCAUCCUCACGCAAGUGAUGUUCGUUCUGUGCGCUUCUCUCCAGGGGCUCACUACUUGCUCACAGGAUCUUAUGACAUGAAAAUAAAGGUGACAGACUUGCAAGGAGACCUCACAAAGCAGCUUCCUCUUAUGGUGGUAGGAGAGCACAAGGACAAAGUUAUUCAAUGCAGAUGGCAUACACAAGAUCUUUCCUUCUUGUCAUCGUCAGCAGACAGAACUGUAACCCUUUGGACCUACAACGGCUAGAGUGCAACUAAAGGCAACCUAUGCAGCUAAAGCACAGAGACCUGAGACUACAGAACUGUAAAAACCAAGUAAUAAGAAUUAGGCAUUCAGAGAGCAGCAGUUGAGUAGGAGAGUAUGUUGAAAAGAGACACUUGUCACAGAUUUUUCUGGUUUCUAGGAGGUCUUGGUGUUUUUAGUAUAUUCUUUUGCAGUGCUUUCAGUCUUCCAUGUGAACUCAUGCUGCUGUGACCUAUUGUAGUCUUGUUGCCAAAGUUUGAGAAGAACUUUCAUUGUUAGUGUGCACUCUAAGUAACAUGAAUGAUGUGUUUACAGUUUGGUAUUAAUUGCAUUCCUUGGUUUUUGCUUCAGUGAAAAUUUUUAUAGAGGAACUUCAGUUGAUCAGCACUUCCAGUCGGUAUCAAAGUAGUUCCAUGUACACAUAAGAUAUUCCACUGUUUUUUCAGAUUUAUUAUAUUCAUCACUUCUUAUCAAAAGGUCAGACUUUUUAACAUCAACUUUUUUAGUAAUGAACUCUGAACUUCAAAGGUGAUUAGGUGGUAACCACAUCUUGAUUAUGGUCUUUUCUCUUCAUCUAGAGGGGGAAAUGUUGCUCUCAUUACUACAUGACAUUGUUUUCAACAAGCUGACAUGUUGGAGGGGGGGGAAACAGUAACAGUGAAUUUGUUUUUGUAGAAACAUAAAAUAUUUUGCUUUCUGAAUGCAACAGAAUACCUCUGUGUAUAAUGUACUGUAGAAGAGAGUGGAUUGGCAGCAGUUGUCACAGUGAACUUAAUGGCUAUCAGUUCUCAAAGUAAAAGGGAUACCAUUAACACUAUAAUAGAAACCAGCAUGGCUUAAAAUGCUAUGUCUGCAUGAUAAUUUAAGAAUUAAGUAAUUUAAAUUCCCAGUUCAGAAGCUUAUCUGAAUUUUAUUUCUUGCACUGUUUAUGUAUGGGAAAUUAGUUUUUUUUAUUUCUACAGAACUUUAGAUUUGAAUGUUUAUGUAUUGUUAUAUUUUUUCAUAUUGUACAGUUCCUUUUACUUUUUAAAUUUGAACCUUAAGCAUUAGGUUAUUUAUUUGAACUGCAGCUAAGUUUUGGAUUCUCUUGAUUACUAAAUUAAACGUGCACUGUAGCAAAGCAUUUUUAACUAUCGUAUAAAAGUGGAAAGGUAAAUAUAGAAGUGUAUCUGUGCUAUAAUCUCAAUAAAGACCUCCAACACCUGCAGCUA